UACGUAUAGUUAAACCCAAUUUUUGCAAAACCCACCCUAAAAUCCCGAAACCCCCCGUCGUAUACCUUCUUCGCAAUAACAACGCCGCGUCUCUCCCACCGCCGCCACCUCCACCACCACCGUCGUCGCCGGAAAUCGUAACUUUCAACCUUUAACUCCACCGUUCAACUCAACCAAUCAUGUCUGCGAAAUGGCGAGCGUUACAACACCGCCACCGCUACACCUACAGCGCAAUCAUCUUCCCUCACCACUACAAACAAGCCCUAACUAACUUCAUCAACCUACCUGAUUCUCAAAUCCACAAUUCAUCCGGUACGUUAACAUUCUAUUCUCUCCUCAACGAACUAGUCACACUUAACUCAACCUACACGCAACUUAAUCACGCCAAAAAAGUUGCAACCGCUUUCACAGAGUUAGUUAAAACUAGUAACGAAACCGUUAUAGCUCACGCCUCUAGGUUUUACUUAGAGAUAUUGUUUUUCGAGAAUUCGGUCCCCUUGCAUAGGACUUUAGUGUCGGUUUUAGCGAAAACGAGCGGUUUUCAGUCGGUUAUUAGUGAUUGUUUUAGAUCUAUAUGUGAAGAGUAUGCAGAUUUGAAUUUGAAUGAGAAUGUGAAGAGGAAGAGGUUUUGUGUGUCGCGUGUAGGUUUAUCGAUGAUGAGUUCGCCCAAACUAGGUUAUUUAGUGGAAGUGGUGGAGGAGUGUGCGGUUUUGAUGGGAAUGGAUGUGGUUUCGGGGUUGAAUAGUGUGGUGUUGGAGACGGAUGAGCGGUGUAGGCCUUCGCCGGUGGUUAUGGAGCAGUGUCAGGAGGCAUUGUCGUGUGUUUAUUACUUGCUGCAGCGUUGUCCGGCGAAAUUCAGCAGUGAUGCUAAUAUUAUGGAGAUGAUUUUGACUACGAUUUUGAGUGUUUUGAGGUCGGAAGCGUUUUCGAGAGAUUGUUUUGUGGCUGCUGGUGUGAGCUUCUGUGCGGCGUUGCAAGUGUGUCUCGGUUCUGAAGAGCUUGGGUUGGCGUUUAUGGAAGGUGUUUUUCGUCAUGGUUUAAGUUCCAGUAAUGCGUUUCGAGCUGUGUUGAUGAAGAUUCCGUAUAAAGGGGAUUUGUUUUCGGAAAUUCGAGAGUUUUCUGUGCUUACGAGGCUCUGUUUGAUCAGAGGGAUACUUACUUCAGUCCCGAGAACUUUGCUUAAUACUCCUUUUGUAUGUGGUUGUGAGACUGAGAAUGGUGAUAUUUCAGCUCAAACAAUACUUUAUGAUGGAAUUUUGCCUGAACUGUGCAAAUACUGUGAGAAUCCGACCGAUAGUCACUUUAACUUUCACGCGUUGACUGUGAUGCAGAUUUGUAUGCAACAGAUAAAAACAUUGAUACAAACUAGCCUGAACAAAGAUUAUGAUAUCAUUUCAGAUGAUAUAGCUGCACGGAUUUUGAGGAUUAUAUGGAAUAACCUCGAGGACCCGUUAAGUCAAACUGUCAAACAAGUACAUUUGAUUUUCGAUAUCUUUUUAGAUAUACAAUCUAGUCUCCCUUCUACAGACGGUAAGGAGAGAAUUCAGUUGUUCUUAAAGAAGAUCGUGUAUUCUCUUCUUCGUAUGGGUGCACGUUGCAAGGGUAGAUAUGUGCCAUUAGCUUCACUUACAAAACGACUCGGAGCAAAAACGAUUUUGGAAAUGAGCCCCGAUUUGAUGUACGAGACAGCGUGGGCGUACAUCGAUGAUGACGUAUGCUGUGCUGCCACAACUUUCUUGAAAUGUUUUAUUGAAUGUUUGCGUGAUGAGUUUUGGAGUAGUGACGGUGUGGAAAACGGGUAUACGAAUUAUCGAAAAGCUUGCUUGCCUCCGUUUAUGCACGGACUUGCUUCCGGAAACUCGAAAUUACGGUCGAAUUUGAACACGUAUGCGUUUCCGGUGUUUCUUGAUGUGGAUGUAGACAGUAUAUUUCCAAUGCUUGGUUUUAUCUCCAUUGGGGCGGUUGGAGAAAGUUCUUUAAUUUCUUAUCCGGAUGUUUACGAUACAAAUAUGAAUCUCAAAGUUGAAAAGAAGGUGGCGGUUCUGGUUUCACUGCUGAAGGUUUCGCGUUCUCUUGCUUUAAUCGAAGGUGACGUUGAUAGGUUUGAGAGUGGCGAUUAUGCUCUACUUUGUGUAAAGGGUAUAGAUGUAAAAGUUCCUGUAAAGUGGCUCAUGCUAGCGUUGACUCAUGUGGACGAGUCACUUCGCACAGAUGCAAUAGAGUCAUUAUUUUUAAACCCUAAAACCGCCAGUUUACCGUCUUCGUUAGAGCUAAGUAUGAUGAAAGAAGCAAUGCCGUUAAACGUGCGGUGCUCUUCGACUUCUUUUCAAAUGAAGUUGACCAGUUUGUUUAGAAAGUUCUUUUCUCGAGUUCGCACCGCUUUAGAGAGACAAAUAAAGCAAAAAAACUGGCAACCGGUUAACAACGGUGUGAUACGUUAUAAAGAAACAGAGGAUGUUAAUCUAAAACGGGCUGAUGAACUUUUUCGCUUUAUGAAGUGGUUGAGUAGCUUUUUGUUUUUCUCAUGCUACCCAUCGGCUCCAUACGAAAGGAAAAUAAUGGCUAUGGAUCUCAUGUUAGUAAUGAACAAUACCUUUUCGAUUGUUCCGAUUGUUCAAGAUGCUAGUUCCGAAACCACGUUAAUCACUCCGUAUGAUGCGGGGUUUACGUCACCCGAAGCAACUUUAUUGCUUGUUAGUUCGAUUGUUGACAGCUGGGAUCGGCUGAGAGAGAAUUCUUUUCACAUACUGCUGCAUUUCCCGACCCCACUUCCCGGAAUGUUGACCACAGACAUGGUCAAAGAAGUAAUCAUUUGGGCUAAGCAUUUAGUGUGUAGUCCUCGUGUUAGAGAAAGUGACGCCGGGGCGUUAACAAUGCGACUCGUUUUCCGGAAAUAUGUUUUGGACCUUGGGUGGGUUGUUAAACCGUCAAGUAAUUACGUUUCUUUUUGUUCACAAAAACCGGAAGUACAUUCUCCUGUUGUGGAGUAUGUAACGUCACUUAUUGAUUGGCUGCGUGCUUCUGUUGAAAUGGGAGAAAAAGAUCUUUCGGAUGCGUGCAGGAACAGCUUUGUUCAUGGGGUGUUGCUUACGCUUCGUUAUACGUUUGAAGAACUAGACUGGAAUUCAGAUAUAGUGUUGAAUAAUGUUUAUGGUAUGAAGCAUGCACUCGAGAAACUACUUGAGUUAGUCACGAGAAUAACGCUAAUGGCGCUUUCGGUGGUUUCGGCUGAUGCUUGGCAUUUACCUGAGGAUGUUGAGGAUCUUAUGGAUGAUAUGGAUGACGCUUCUUACGUAUGGGACACGAGUGCUGACGUGGAUAUUCCUGUACCUGCUGAGAAAGAAACAUGCUCGAAAUCGGUACAGGAUGUGGGCCCCUCUGCUCAGGUUGUUAUGGUUGGUUGCUGGCUUGCAAUGAAAGAGGUGAGUCUUCUUCUAGGAACUAUUAUAAGGAAAGUUCCAUUGCCUACAUCAGACAACUCACGGGAAUGUGGCGCGUUAUCUGACGCACAUGAUGAUGCAAGCAUGACGGAUAAUGCUGUUCUCGACUUCAAACAACUAGAGACUAUCGGGGCCCACUUCCUUGAAGUUCUCAUGAAAAUGAAACAUAAUGGUGCAAUUGAUAAGACUAGGGCGGGUUUUACUGCUCUGUGCAAUCGGUUACUUUGCUCAGACAAUCCAAGACUUAGCAAGUUACCUGAAUCUUGGAUGGAACAGCUUAUGGAAAGAACAGUGGCUAAAGAACAAACCGUUGACGACUUAUUAAGAAGAAGUGCAGGCAUUCCCGCUGCAUUUAUCGCUUUUUUUCUUUCAGAACCAGAAGGCACACCAAAACGACUUCUUCCGCGGGCCCUACGAUGGCUAAUCGAUUUAGCCAACAAAUUCAUGACGUAUCAAACCGAGACCAAAACAACUGCUUCAAAACAUGAAACACAAAUGAAUGGUGAUAGUAUAUUGAAUUCAAAGAUUCGAGAUGAAGGUGUUAUUCCAACAGUACAUGCAUUUAAUGUUCUUCGGGUAGCAUUUAAUGAUACGAAUCUUGCUACGGAUACUUCUGGUUUUGCUGCUGAGGCUAUGAUUAUUGCUAUACGCUCUUUUUCUUCAUCGUAUUGGGAAGUUAGAAACGGUGCGUGUCUUGCUUACACUGCUUUGGUUCGGAGAAUGAUUGGGUUUCUUAAUGUACAAAAACGAGAAUCUGGUAGACGUGCGUUGACUGGUCUUGAAUUUUUCCACAGGUACCCCUCAUUGCAUCCGUUCUUGUAUAGUGAGCUGAAAAUUGCGACCGAGAUGCUAACAAACGCGUCACCUGAACACGUGGGGUCAAACCUAGCCAAGGCAGUGCACCCGAGCUUGUGUCCCAUGUUAAUGCUUUUGUCGAGGCUCAAGCCUUCAACAAUCGCAAGUGAAACCGGCGACAUAUUGGACCCAUUUUUGUUCAUGCCAUUCAUCAGAAAGUGCUCAACGCAAAGCAACCUCCGGGUCCGUGUUCUCGCAUCACGAGCUUUAAUGGGCCUGAUAUCCAAUGAAAAACUUCAAGUCAUCGUUCUAAACGUUGCCACCGAACUACCUUCUGGAACAAACUUAGCUUCUUCAAAUAUGAUUCAUGGUUUGUUAUUACAGUUGAUCUCUCUUCUAGAUACAAACUGUAGAAACUUAAUUGACAUCUCUAAGAAAGACCAGAUUCUACACGAUUUGAUCCAAAUUCUCGUCGCGCGUUCAUGGAUCGGAAGCCCGUAUUCGUGUCGGUGUCCCACACUCAACACCGGUUUCUUAAAGGUGCUUGAUAUUAUGCUUGAUAUUUCCCGAGUAUGCCACGCAAGCAAAAGUUUCGAUGCCGUUUAUAACCUCCUUCAGGAGUUAUCUUCCGAAUGCUUGGAUUCAGAAGCUUCUGGUGGGUUACUGUAUUACGAUCCGACAGUAGCAGAAUGUCGAAAACAGGCGGCAACUUCGUAUUUCAACUGCGUUUUCCACACAUCGAAAAACAUCGAUAAAGACGACACCUUUAUCCCUAUUCCACACAAUCCCCUUGCAUCAAGUUUAUUCCGUGUAUCGGAAACGAGUAACCGUUUUACCGGUUUUCAAGAAAGGCUGAUACGAUCCAUGUCAGAUGCGUCAUACGAGGUUCGUAUCGCAACGUUUAAAUGGCUUCUUUUGUUUCUUAAAUCUGCAGAAUUGAAUGGUUGUAUAGACAGUCAAGAAACUAUGAGCGGUUUUACAAAGUGGGUUAAUCUUCAUCUUCAUACCGAGAUGGAGAAUCGUUUAUUUCAAGAAAAGAAUCACAGAUGCACUUGCUUGAUCUUGAAAAUACUUUACACUUGGAAUCUGCUUAAUUUUCAGAAAUCAGACGUUCCCGAAACCCGCUUUGUGGGUAACAUAGAUUCCGAUUCGCUAUUUCUUUUCUGGGAUAAAUUAGUUUCCUUAUAUAAGCUCACCCGACACGUGAAAACGCUGGAAAUUCUUUUAUGCUGCAUGGGAGUUUGUGUCAAGCAGUUUGCGGUUAUGUUCACGGGCCAAUUUGAUCCGGUAAGUUCGGUAACCAGUUUAACCAAAGUGUAUGACUGCAUCAGUUACUAUGUUGACCUAGUCAAACAACACGCCGAUGCAUCAGAGCCGGUUAACAUACGCAAAGCAGCAGCCGAGUCAUUGGUUGCAUCUGGUUUACUUCAAACCGUUGACUUUAUCGGUCAACACGUGACCCGUACCACAACUCCGUCACACAAUUCGUUAAGCAACUUUGAUAUGUAUGCUUCGAGAACACUCGAUAUGUGGUCAACGUGCAUAAAGCUUCUAGAAGACGAGGAUGUUUCUCUUAGAAGCAAGCUUGCGGUUGACGUUCAAAAGUGUUUUACGUCAGAAACUUACGGGGUAAUCCCGAGCCAAGUGGACAAAGUGAUAAUAUCAAGUUUUGAGCAUUUAUCUUCGAUUUUCGGUCAUUGGAUUAACUAUUUUGAUUAUCUUUCUAAUUGGGUGUUAAGUGCUUCAAACAAUGUCGGGUCAAGCGGGGAUCUUGUGAGACGGGUUUUCGAUAAGGAGAUCGAUAAUCAUCACGAAGAAAAGUUACUUCUUUGCCAGAUCUGUUGUUUCCAUCUUGAAAAUAUUCCGAUAUCAGAAUCUUUAGCGGUGGAUGAAAAUGGCGGUUUGGAUUUCUUAUUAGACUGGCGAAAGAGAUUCUUUUCACGGUUGAUGUCGUUUGCUGUUGACCACGGCGGCAAGAAAAAAGUCAACUGGAUUGGUGGUUUGGGUAACUAUAAAGAUGCGUUUUUGCCCGUUUAUUCAAAUCUUCUUGGUGUUUACACGCUCUCUCAGUGCAUUUUAAAAGGAAGAUUGGUAAACCGUGGGUCCUUGGUGACAGAAGUAUCUGAUCUUGGAGAUGCGAUUAAACCGUUUGUUGGUAACCCUCUGAUUCGUAACCUGUUUUUAGCAUUGGUUAGACUACACGAGGAAUCAGACAGUGAGUGUGCCGGCGGCAAUGUGGCGGUCUGGGAUGGUUUUGAUCCUUAUUUUCUACUGAAGUAAAAAAAAAAAAUCAUAUUCUACUUGUUACAUUAUGAUGGUAAUUCAUGUUUCUCAUUUUUGAUCUUGAACACCUGCAAGGUAAUACAGUGGAAGGCUAUUCUUUGCUUUACCAAUUUACAAUCCUUUUUCAA